GGAUUGAUAGCAGCGGUUGAGGACGGAUUUUGUAGACCCUGUCAAUUUUCAAUCCGUCUAACUGCCACUACCACUACCACUACCACUACCACUGGCCACUACCGCUACCACUCGCCAUAAUGGAUACCACAUUCAUCACCAUCCACGAUCUUUCCGAAGAAGCACGCAUCUUAUACUCUUCUGAUUCCAUUGUCGACAUUCUUGGUCAUACUCCCGACGAAGUCGUAAAUCGUUCGGUUUGGCAAUUCUUCCAUCCAGAGGAGUUGCAAUUCGCCAAAGCAAAGUAUGGCCGCGGAGUAGCGCUUGACAAGGCGGCCGUGCUAUCUUACUGUCGGCUCAAAAACCGCCAGGGAGAGUGGGUUGGCUGUGAAUGCUGCUUUUCAAUCGUCUACGAUGUCAUGGUGUGCUGCACCAGUAUUUACAGACAUGGCAUGGAGAGUCAAAAACGCGCUGUCGAGGCCCCCAUCGUUCGUAAAUUGUUUGCGUCAUCACCAAAGGACCCCCGCUACCACAUGUUGUCUCAUCUUUCCAGCAAGUUCGAUCUCGGCCCAGAAGACCAAACCCACGAACCCCGUGCAGCCCUCUUUUUGAACCGGUUCACACGAACUUUGACCGUCAUGUACGCCACGAGUGGUAUUGAACAGAUCGUUGGCAUCUCAGGCGAGGAGAUGAAGGGAAGAAGUUUCUACUACUGCAUUGCAGUGAACUGUCUCACCGAAGCCGUUCGAUGUCUCGAGUCGGCGAAAGGGAACGACUCGAUUGCUUACAUGCGUUUCAUGUUCCGCGAUCCUCGCCAGGAAGACCCGCCUGAAAUGACGUCUUCUGAGAGCGAAGAUGAUGAGAUGACUGAUGUCACAAGCGAUGAGGACGAAUCCGUUGCAGGAGGUGUAAGACUCGGCGGCCAGUCCUCAUCCAGUGGCCGUGCUUCCGGAUACCAUUCGAACGGAUCUCACUGGAACAGCGAGGAGCCACCACUCAAUCACCGUACCGAGUCUGGCGAUAGUGCUCCUCGUGCCGAUACGCAUCUUGGCGUCUUCGAUGAACAGCCACGACGACAUUCGUCAAUGUCCUCAGCCGGAGGCUCGCCAUCGGUACAUCAAAACGAGGAUAUUGAGCUUGAAGCUGUCAUAUCUUGCACCACAGAUGGGCUCGUUGUCUGCCUUCGUCGUGCUCGGCCAAUGCUUCCUGGCGCGAUGCCCGUUACACAGCCAGCGCAACAAUACUCCGGUAUCUAUGCGGCUCCAUGGGCAUCGCAGCCUGUCUUCCACCCGGCCCCACAGCAGAUGCCUCCAUACCCUCUGGGCGCCCAGCACCCUGCCAUGCUCAGUUCGGGCCCGUCAAUGCAGUUCCAAAACGCUUUCAUGCAAAGUAUUCGCGACGUUGCAGUCUUUGCGUGGGCUCUUACUGGAAUCAACGGUAGCUUGGCUGCAUUUGCACGUGGUAAACCCAAGGGGGAGAGCCAGCCACCCGACGGAUUCCCGAUUUGGAACCCUCUACCCGAUCCAUCCAUGCUGGGUCACAAAAAGUCUGAAACGCCUUCCGGUUAUGGCUCAGGAUCCAACAGUACUACCAGCAACGGCGAUAAUUUCGGCUUCGGUGAUCCUGGAUUGCACUGAACGUCUUUCAGACGACAAAUGCUGCGCACUUCUUCGCUGAGGAGCCGUCACGCCUGGCCCAAUCACGGCCUACGGUGAACGCCACAGCGAAACAGCACCCAGCAGCUUGCAUUUAAGUAUGAUAUUGAUAACAGCGAUAA